AUGAUCAAUGUCGGUAUUAUAGGCCUCAGCGCCUCAAACCUCGCCUGGGUCUCUCGCAGCCAUGCCCUGGCACUCCAGAAACCUCCUUUAUCAGGAAAAUACCAGCUGAAAGCUGCAGUCUCAACUAAUAAGGAGACUGCAACUUCCUCUGCUAAGAGAUGGGGACUGUCCCCAACCAAGGCUUAUACAGCGGCGACCGAACUGGCCAGCGAUCAUGAAGUUGACCUUGUAGUGGUCGGAGUCAAGCUGCCACUUCACUUUGAGCUGGCUCUCCCCUUGUUGGAAGCCGGGAAAGACGUCUUUGUUGAGUGGCCAUUGGCAACCACAAUGAAUCAGGUGGCUGAGCUACAGGCUGCUGCUCGCAGAGGCGGUGGUCGAACAAUUGUCGGGCUUCAAGCUCGGGCUUCACCCGCGAUUCUGACUGCAAAGUCAAUUGUAGACUCUGGGACACUCGGUAAGAUUGUUGCAAGCACGGUGGUUGGAUGGGAUAACAGUCUGCUUUACCUGCCACCCCGCUUCGAUUAUGAACACAAGGCAGCGAACCGCGCCGACAUCUCUACCAUUACCUCUGGCCAUGUGCUGGACGCACUUUGCUUCCUCCUCGGAGAAUUCGAGAGUUUGUCAUCGACAAUAAAUUGCUUUUUUCCCAACAUCGAAACAGAUCAUCAUAAGGAACCGGUCAAGCGAGACGCGCCUGAUUCGAUUCUUGUGCAAGGAAAGCUGCAAAGUGGUGCCGUGGCCAGCUUUAGCAUGAUAUUGACACCUCCUGGAACACCCUCGUCGUUUACCUGGACCAUAGCAGGAGAGAAAGGGGCUCUGAAACUUGAGUCGAGCAAUAUUAACAUCCAGAUUAUUCCACCAAAGGUCUAUAUACACAGAACCGACAGUGGAUGUGUUUCAGAGUGGGAGGAGGUGCCCGUCACAGAGCCACUUCAUUUCGGGCAGGUUGGAGAGUUAUACCAGGCAUUUGUGGACGGGGAGAAGGUUCCAGGAAUACUUACCGAUUUUGACGGAGCAGCUUUGCGACAUAGAAUGCUGGAGGCUUGUUUGACAAGCUCAAAGACAGGAAUAUUGCAGAGGUAUAGCUGA